GGCGGCCGCCGCGGACUCGGGCGGCUUCGACGCAAGGUCAGCGGCGGACGCGCUCUCGGGGCGCGCGAGUGCCCGGGGCGCGGCGGGCACGGCCGCGAGCUCGCUGGAGUGCUCCCUGGGAUAUCCUGACAUUGACGCCAUCAUGGCAGAGCUCAAGGUGGAGACCCGGAGCAGCGUGGAUUGGCAGAAGCGGUGCCUGGCCCUGGAAACCCAGCUUUUCCGGUUCCGCCUACAAGCCAGCAAGAUAAGGGAGCUGCUGGCUGACAAGAUGCAGGAGCUGGAGCAGAGGCUGCUGGAGGCAGAGCAGAGGGCAGAGAACGCAGAGACCCAGGUGGGUGUGAUGGAAGAAAAGGUGAAACUGUGCAAUCUGAAGAAUGUGGACUCAGCAGGCAGCCUGCACCAGAAGUACCAGGAAUUGCUCAAAGCCAUGGAAAGCAAAGAUGAGCUCAUCAGUCAGCUGGAGGCUCAGCUGGAGAAGCAGAAGCAGAUGAGAGCUGAGGAAGCAAAAAUUGUUCAAGAAAAAGCUGCAAAGAUCAAGGAGUGGGUGACAGUGAAGUUGGCCGAGCUUGAGAUGGAGAAUCAGCACCUGAAAAGCUGUAAUCAGCGCCUGGUAGAGCAAGUAGGAGCCCUUCAAGAUGCACUAGGAGCUCUUCAGAUGGCACCUUUGGGGAAGCUACUGGUGAACCCCCAGGGAACCCCAGAACAGGAUUCUUCCCUUUCAAAGCCAGGAACCCGACCAGUGGGGCAGGACAGUGGCCCUCAGGCCCAGGGUGCCCUGAAGGCAUCUCCGCCUGCAUCUUAUUCAGGUGCAGCACAGAGCAAGGACGCUGUUCCUAAAGCAGAAAGCCCAUUGGCGGAUUCUAAUUCCAGCACGGUCCAUUCCAGGGAAAUACCGGAGGCCAAGACUCUUCCACCUCUAGGAAGACAGGGUUCUCCUUGCCAGUUGUGUAUGAAACCUCACACCCCAAGACGUGGUUCAGCUUCCUGGGGAGAGGGCCUGGCCAUCGCUCAGGGGGGCACAUUCCCUGGGACAAAGACCUCUGUCAGGGAAGGUGGUCCUGGCAGCAGUCUGACACUCCCGAAGGUGCGGACUCCUGGCACCCCGAGGGACAGCAUCCAGCUGGCCAAGCGGCACCACAGCCAGCCCCAGGUCAGCCCUGGGCACUUCCACAACAUGGUGAGCAUUGAUAUGGGGACCCUGUCGGCCCUCCACCCCUCCGGCCUUCCUGAGGUGGAGCCCCGAGCUGAGCCUCUGGAAGAACCAGAGAAGAUGGAGAUGGAGGAUCAACCAGCAGCAGGGAAGAAGGAGGAAAGAGAAAGCUCAAAGGUCCCUGGAGCUGAGCUGGAGGAAGUGGACUCAGGGAACAAACCACCUACACCCCCCCUACACCGAUUUCCAUCUUGGGAGAGCCGGAUCUACGCUGUGGCCACGUCAGGCAUGCGGCUCUCAGACGUGUCUCCCAGAAGUAAUGCUACCAGCUGCGCUUCAAGCCCUCCUGCCCUGGCAUCCCCUGGGCCUUUCUCUGGCCUCAUCUACAAGAAUGUCACUGUGCCGGUCUACACAACCCUGAAGGGGAGAGCCAUGCAAAUUAGCAGCGUACCCUUUGUGGACGAGUCCUCUGGGUCCGAUGAUGACUGCAGCUCUCAGGCAAGUUUCCGAACUUCAGUCCCCUGCUCUGAGUCCAGGAAGACCAGCGGACUGGGCAGCCCACGGGCCAUCAAGAGAGGAGUCUCCAUGUCCUCACUGAGCUCUGAGGGUGACUACGCCAUCCCCCCGGAUGCCUGCUCACUGGACAGCGACUACUCCGAGCCUGAACACAAACUGCAGCGUACCUCGACCUACUCUACUGACGGGCUGGGCCUAGGCGGGGAGUUACUGGAGAAGUCUGGCUACCUGCUAAAAAUGGGGAGCCGGGUGAAGACCUGGAAGAGGCGCUGGUUUGUCCUGAGGCAGGGACAGAUUAUGUACUACAAGUCCCCGAGUGAUGUCAUCCGGAAACCUCAAGGACAGGUGGAAUUGAACUCCCGUUGCCAAAUUGUUCGAGGGGAGGGCGCCCAGACAUUCCAGCUCAUCUCUGAGAAGAAAACCUAUUACCUGACGGCGGAUUCACCCAGCCUGCUGGAGGAGUGGAUCCGAGUGUUACAGAGCCUGCUGAAGGUCCAGGCCGUUGGGCCUCCAGCCCUGCCUCAGGGUGGCACCAAGCCCACCGUGAAGGGCUGGCUCACCAAGGUAAAGCAUGGCCACUCCAAGCUGGUCUGGUGUGCUCUCAUUGGGAGAACCUUCUACUACUAUCGGAGCCAUGAAGACAAGCGACCCCUAGGCCGCCUGCCUGUGCGGGACGCGCGCAUAGAGGAAGUAGAUCGAUCUUGUGACUCAGACGAGGACUACGAGGCUGCAGGAACCGGGCGGUUGCUGUCCUCACACUGCACCCUGGUGAUCCACCCCCCAGAGCACAGCCCCACCUACCUCCUCAUUGGCACGAAGCAUGAAAAGGACACAUGGCUUUACCACCUCACAGUGGCUGCAGGUAACAGCAGUGCCAAGGUGGGCACUGCCUAUGAGCAGCUCAUUGGAAAACUGAUGGAUGGCGAAGGAGACCCAGAUUCCCCACUCUGGAGGCACCCCAUGCUGUGCUACAGCAAAGACGGGCUGUGUGCCUCCCUCACCACCCUGCCCUCUGAGGCCCUGCAGACCGAGGCGCUCAAGCUCUUCAAGUCCUGCCAGCUCUUCAUCAACGUGCCUGUGGAAGCUGCCUCAGUGGACUACCACGUGUCCCUAGCCCAGGCAGCCCUGCAGGUCUGCCUGGUUCACCCCGAGCUGCAGAGCGAGAUCUACUGCCAACUCAUGAAGCAGACCAGCUGCCGCCCGACUCAGAAGUACUCCCUCAUGCAGUGCUGGCAGCUCCUGGCUCUGUGCGCCCCACUCUUCCUGCCUCAGCACCACUUCCUCUGGUAUGUCAAACAGCGGCUCCAGCGCCAUGCAGAUCCCAGAAAUGAAACUGGCCAGUACGCCACCUACUGCCAGCGGGCAGUGGAGCGAACCCUGCAGACUGGGGAGCGGGAAGCCAGGCCAUCACGUAUGGAAGUGGUGUCCAUCUUGCUGCGAAACCCCUUCCAUCACUCCUUGCCCUUCAGUAUCCCCGUGCAUUUCGCCAAUGGGACUUACCAGGUGGUUGGUUUCGAUGGCUCCUCCACAGUUGAUGAGUUCCUCCACCGGCUGAACCAGGAGACAGGCAUGAGGAAGUCUUCGCAUUCUGGCUUUGCCCUCUUCAUGGAUGAUCCCUCUGGCAGGGACCUGGAACACUGCCUGCAGGGGAGUGUCAAGAUCUGUGAUGCCAUCUCCAAGUGGGAACAAGCCCUGAAGGAGCUGCACUCUGGAAAGUCUGAGGGUGGCACACGUGUUGUGAAGCUGAUGUACAAGAACAGGCUGUACUUUCGGAGUCAAGUCAAAGGGGAGACAGAGCGGGAGCGGCUGCUGCUUGCCUCCCAAACUAGUGGAGAGAUAGUGGCAGGGAGAUUCCCUGUCAACAAGGAACUGGCUCUGGAGAUGGCUGCCCUCAUGGCCCAGGUAGAAUAUGGGGACUUGGAGAGGUCUCCCCCAUCAGGCUCUGGGGGCACACCCCCUGCCAAGGCUCAGCAUCACCUCCAGCAGGUCCUAGAUCGGUUCUAUCCAAGGCGCUAUAGACAUGGGGCAUCCACUGAACAGCUGAGGCACAUGGCAGAUCUGCUAGCCACAAAGUGGGCAGCACUGCAAGGCUGCUCCUCUCCUGAGUGCAUCCGCAUCUACCUGACAGUGGCCCGGAAAUGGCCUUUCUUUGGUGCUAAGCUCUUUGCUGCUCAGCCUGCCCAGCUGUCUUCCAGGGAGACCGCUCUGGUGUGGAUUGCGGUGAAUGAGGAUGGCGUCAGCAUCCUGGACCACAACACCAUGCAGGUACAUGUCACUUACCCGUACUCCUCAGUGAUGACCUUUGGUGGCUGCCGGGAUGACUUCAUGCUGGUAAUUAGAUCCACCCUAGACCAGAGCUCCGGCAAAGGCCACACUGAGAAGUUGAUCUUCCGGAUGGCUGCUCCCAAGAUCGCAGAAGCUACCUUUGUCGUGGCCAGCUACAUGAACCACUGCUGCACGGCUGCAAACCCACCCAGCCCCCCACCUGCCGCCCGCCAUUUGUGGGAACUGGAAGGACGACAGUUCUUUGCUCCGGUUCCACAUGCUGUCAAGGGCCCGGCAUUGCUGUGACUUUCUCCCACCCCACCCCUGCCACCACCCAGUGCCUCUGGAAUUAGACAGGUAUCCUGGGGUGUGAUACUACUGUGAUGGGCCUAACAGCCCCCCCACCUACCCUCACCCCUUACACUAUCUGUUCUGUGAAGUGUGUAUUUCAGUGUCCAUGCAGCUUUUGUCCUCUAUGUGCCUUAUGUUUCAGAGCCCAACUUGUAAAAAUCCAGACUCAUUGUAAAACCAGUCUCUUUCACAGGAAUACUGAGCUCUGGAUGCUGCCUGAUUCUAGACACAGGCUGGGACGGUCCACUGUUACUGAGGGUGUCAGUGCCAUAAGUCAGAACCGUCUCCACUGAUACUCUCAGGAAAGCUAGUUAUUUUUAUGUUAUAUAAUAUAUGGUCCUUGUGUGGGGAUUUAUACUUGAAAUUUUCUCAACAUCCCUGAACAGGAUAGGACUAAAAUUUUUAAUUCGCCUGAACUGUGACAAAAGCCUAGUAAACUCUCUAAACUGGACUUGCUUUCCCAGAUGGGAAAAGUACAGAGGGCUGGAUAAAAAGGAAUAUUCAUUUUUCCCUUCCCUAGCUGUGCCUGCAGCACCCCUCCUGGGUUAGCAGCUCCCAUCCUUGCAGAGCAAGGUGCUGUCCCAUGGAGACAGAAGCUGUCCUCCCUCCUUCACAUUGGACUGUAAGCCCAAAUGGGCACCACAUGCUGUCCACGAGCAAGGGCUAGGUCCAACUUGACCUCUCCCUGCCCCGUUUUAACAGCUAGACAGGGUUCAGUGAAGACUGUGCUCGCUACUGUACGACAAAGUGGUCGAUAUCCAUUUCCCCGCCCUUUGAAAUAACAAGCAGAUGCACUCAGCUUUUUGCUGCUCUGUAAGGCCACCAAAGAUAAAUCAGAAACGAGAUUCAUUCAGGUUCAUAGGCCUGGAUUUUCUCCUCAAGACUUCUGGCAGACUUCUGCUGGGAAUGUUCAAGGGCAGUGAGCACGUAUGUGAUACCUGUUGUAGCCUAAGGGCAUCAGGUGAAAGAAAGCGAAAGCUUUUUUCACUUCCUGAUGAUACCAAUAUCCUUGUUUCAUAGACUUAGACCUAUCAAGUACAGAUGAGAUGGUCUUUGUCCCCACCCUCCCCUAACAGAAAAAAAGACGAAAGAGUUGAUUCAUACUCUGAUUUUCCAACAUCAGAGAUGCUGAGUUUUAUUUCAUAGUUACCAUGUGUCAAUAAAGUGCAGAACACUGUGGGUUUAGCAUUAGCAGCCCAGACCAAGCCUUUCACCCGAACAGUGAACAAUGUGUGUAGCACACACUGCUAAAACUGCAAGGCUGCAAUGCAACUAAUCUGAACAGCCCAGCUGCUCAACCUUCCUCUCACCCUUUCAACAGACAAGCAUGACGAAAAAGGCAGCACAUGGUGUCUGCCUUUUUAAAAUGAACUUGACUUUAUAAGGCUGGCAAUUUUUCAGCCAUUUCUGCUCCUUCCUGUUGCCCCAGAAUUUGGAUCUAGCUCAGACAUUUCUACCUCAAACAAGUUACAUGUACUUCAGGCUCCUGGGCAACCCCUCUGGAACUGAUGUAAAAGACAAGGAUUACAGAUCUGAUUUUAUAACAUCUUGAGUGUUUCAAAGACAAUGAGUAUAAUACCUACCCUGGAGUUAAAAAAUAAUUAGAUUCCAAAGAAAAAGCAAGCAAAAACGGAGCUGUGUUCAUACUGAAUUUGGGGGUCAAGCUAUUUUCCCCACCUGCUUUCCUUUCCAAAUCCUGCAGGAAUCCUCCCUUAGUUCAUUAAUUCUAUACAGAAGAAACUGCCUUAUGAACAAAGGCUUUUAUAGCUUGCGUGUUUGCAUGAUUUUUAACAUGACUGGAAAACAAAGUCAAAUUUCUUUCUUUUGACUUAUCUCUCUUGGCACAAGAAUCGUUUGAAACUAUUGACAAUGCUGAGUAACAGAAGAGUAUUAAUGUGCUUGACACCCACAACUGAAAUGCCAUGAUCAUGUCUGUCAAUAAAAAGCAGCUGUCUGUGAACCAGGCAAUUAUUGUGUAUGCUUUGGAAGGAGAUCUGUUUAUUAAGAUAGUCAUCAUAAAUUAACCCUGUACACAACCAGGAACUAGGUGGACAGAGACUAGUCUUUUGUAAGACAUUUCUUCCUGCUAACCAGUACCUGAGGGCCUGACUUUUUUUUUUCUUCACUUGUAUAUAGGAGUAUGCAGUUGGAAAUGAUAACUUUCUCAGGGGAGCUGAUGUCAGUUUCCCAUGUCUUGUUUCACAAAUUUCAACAAAUAGUAAACUUAAAUGUGCUUAGGAAUUUCACAAAGUGCUCUUCGUCAGCAGUACUUCUGACAUCAUUUCUUAAGAUCUCCCCUCAGUUGGUAAAGUAGGCAAAACCUUACAAGGGGAACACUCAAAUACACAUAAAUCCUUUGCUCAACAUCACACAAUGAGUUAGGUUUCCAGUCACGCUCUAUAGCUCUUCGAUUCACUGCAUCCAUACUGGUUUCUAGGACUGUGUCCAGCUCGUGGUCUAGAAUACAGAAAAUAACCAGCCACUAUGGCUUAGGAAUCAUCUCCCAUGGAAGACAAUACUGGCCUUCUGUAUGCUGGGACUCAGGGGCUUGUUGAUGUGGCUUUCUGGUGUGCCAGGAUCUCCUGGCAGCUCCUGUACACUUCAGUCAAGCAGUCCAGCCGGGGCUUGGCACUCUGAAUUCCAAAGGGGAGAAAUGCAGAGUCAAGAUGAACGUAAGAGAGUGCUUAGUGGUGCUGCGUCCACGUGCAACCUCAAUCUCACCCACAGCAAGGGGUUUAAGUGGCACAGGUGUGAGCUCAGAGGGGCAGGAAGUUCAGGCCUCAGAGCACCUUCUUAGGAGUUCCAAACUAGGCCCACAGGCCACCCUGUACAUUCUGAAGCAGGAGCUCAGAAGACAGUUUUUUAAUCUUGUCAAAAUGUCAUGGUCUCCAAGAUGUGGUUUAUAUACACAAUGGAAUACUACUCAGCAAUCAAAAAAGAUAUGCCAUUCUCAGCAAUAUGGAUGGAGCUGGAAGGGAUUAUGCUCAGUGAAAUAAGUCAGAAGGAAAAAGAAAAAUAUUAGAUGGUUUCACUUAUAGGAGGAACAUAUGGAAACCAUACAAGGGAUCAGGGGGAAAAAAAAAGACAAAACUAAUAGGCAUUCUCUAAAUUAGAGACCUUCAUUAGGGGAAGGGGAGGGAAAGUGGUCAAAAUGGGAGGGAAGAGCAAAAGAGUCUUUGGUGAUGCUUCACGGGUGUCUUGGUGGUGGUGAUCUUAUGGAGCCAACAUUCGAGAGGAGAAAUCAAACACAGUACAAAAAUGAACGACAUGUAAGAAAUCUCCAUCUAAGAGCAAGCACAAGGUAUAACAAGGACAGACCCUCUCAGAAAGUAUCACAAGCUAUGGAACAGUCCCAGAAACAAGAAGGGCAGUUUAAUAUGCAAAUUUAGAAAAUCAUUAAACAGUGACAUGUAAUACAACUAAAAGUAAAAGAAAAGCCACAGAAUAGGAAAAAUAUAUGUGGAAAGCAUAUUUAAUAAAAGACCAUUACCCAAAAUAUGUGAAUUGUUACAAACGCACAAUCAGUAUCUAAACUCUAUGAGUAGACAAAGGAGACCGAUCAUUUAAAACAAGCAAUAUUGGCAGGUAACAGAAGGAAAUAUGAAAAGUAUUAUUUAAAGAGAUACAAAUUUAACUUUAAAAUGCCUUUACCUACAUAUUAAACUCUAACGGAGCUAAUUCUGUUAGCCAAGACUGUAAAAAAAAAAAAAUACAAAUUCUCAAAAGUUGUCCAAUCUCAGUAGUCAAAUCUCAAACACUGUGAAAAAAAUC